GGAACGUAAUAAUCAAUAUCAGCGAAUGAAGACAGUGGAAAUCGAAAACGUCAUAUGAUCACGGGUGCAAAAUUUAAGGCAGCGAAAAUGGUCUCGGUUGUUUUCCUUCUAUUCUCGCUAUUUACAGCAGCGAAUUGCGAUCAGCUUUCGAUUGUCUACUCGCCAAAAGCGCUUGAUUACCGCGGACACUCCCGAUUGCAUGUGAACUCACUGUCCGAUGUUUUCGGAGCUGCUCUUGGGUAUUCCGUGGCCCAUCCCACAGAAUGGGACGGCCUAAUCGUGAAGGAUCCUUUCAAUAUGGCCAAUGGUGUGGUCGUUGUUGUGGCAGAAGGCAUUCAGUCACUCAAAUUGGAGGAGGCUCAUACGUAUGAGUUGUACGGUGGUUCGGGAUCCGAGGCAAUUGGUGAGCUGGUGCACAAAACAGCUGAGCACGAUAGCAUUAGCUUCGAGAUUGAUUUGAAGGAUUCUUCGAAUAGUUUCAUCACACCAUUGGGGACAGUGCAGCCCGACGAUGACGACGUUAAGUUGCAAUACUUGAAGCCAAAAUCAAGCAAAGCCGAUUCGGACAUCGUGCGUCAAAUAUCAUACAUGAACGGUCUGAGUGAUUUGCUGGUUACGUCCACUGAGCAGAACAUACCAACCGUGCACAUUGUUCGAGUGUCAUUCGAAGCUCUUUUGUCCGUUCACGAUCAUUCAUCCCAGGCUGUAGCGGAAGCUAGAAAGCUGCUUACCAAUGCUUUACUAGAAUUACAAACGGCUGCUGAGAAAGCGUUCGAUGGUGCCGUCGUUGUUGGUUUGAUUACUUCUACCGAGGCACCACUGGCUCGUUCUAAGCGUGAUACUGCUGAAUCCAAACAAACCCCUGAUUACAAUAUUGCUAAAAAAUACGACAGCAAUUAUCCAGUCAUUUUCAACAUUAUGCUGUGGUUCGGUGUUAUUAUGGUAUUCUCGCUGUUGGCUAUUUCAAUUGCUAUCGCUACGAUGGAUCCUGGUAGGGACUCCAUCAUCUACCGUAUGACUUCCACCAGAAUGAAGAAGGAUAACUAAGCCGAGUCAAACUCGCACUUAGCUGCUACACCAUUUGAGAAUAAAUUAUUGUACAGUGUAGCAUAAAUUACUGUCAUCCACAAAAAUAGAAUCAAGUAGCAAAGUAUUAAUUUGAAUUCAAACAGUGAGGUUCCGUUGAGGCAAUGGUUAUUCAGUUUACUCAAUCUUUUGUUUUCUUACGGUCAUGUGUCAUGAAGAUUGAUCAAGGGGUUCUCUUAAAAGACGUAUUCCUGUCCAUCGUAACCCUGCCGAGCAGAAUACAAUAAUACCAUUAUUUUUGAUUAUUUCAUUAAGAUUUGUGUAAGAACAAUUUUAGGCCAGUGAAUCAGAUCCGGUACUGUUUUGCGUUAAGAAAUUGUAUGAAAUUUCUCGGAGACGUGUGUUUUCGUUGUUGUUACUAGUUUGAGUUUUUAUCGAAAACGAUUCAAUAAAGGAAGCCAUUUCAGUCCAGAAGAA